AUGUUAUCUUCAAACCCUUGCGAUCUUUUGGCAGUUAUUCCGGGGGGACCACCCAUUCUGGGUCUUCCGCCGAAACCCUGUCAAAGGAAGGCUACCAGCCCCAAGGAGGAGGACAAAAAGCGGCUACUUCCUAAGGGAACCAAAGGGCUCGCUCACUCUCGCUUUGCCAAGAAGCCUUCUAAUAAGGGAAACGGCAAAGCCCAGUACACUAAGAAGAUUGGUCCUACUCCCGAUGAGGACGCCGCCGUGAAGGCGUUUUUUGCCGAGUCUCCAAAGAAGUAUAAAGAGCAAAAGGAUAAUGGUGAAUCGUCUUACCAAGCCGCCGACCACGAUACACCCAGGGCAAAGAGGGGUACCUCCCUCAGAGCAAUGGGAGCAUGGACGGACGAAGAAGUCCAAGACUGGUUCCGUGGAGGAGAGAAAGAGUAUGAGGCCAUGAAAGAUGGAGUCCAUACUCACGUCUCGCGAAUUCAUCACCCUCCCGAGGUUAUGUUCUAUAUCUACCGCGACGUAUGGACCGUUAACGAGGAGCACUACUGGGUUAAUGAAAACUUUCCGCCUUUGUUCAGAUGCAGAGACUACUUCAAGGCUCAGCAAGAAGCACUCUGCAAACUACAAUUGUUAUCCCGCGAAAUCAGAAACGAGGUCAUUGCAGAGUAUUUCCCCCGAGCCCAGUACAACCUGUGGUACGAUUGGCCUCCGCCCAACACCAACGUCAAGUAUUUCCAGAAGGGGAAUAGCAAGCAGGCGUACUCCAAGAAGUUCCGCCCUUCUGCCGAGGAGGAUGCUGCAAUAAAAGCGUUCUUUGCCGAGUCGCCAGAAAUCGACAAACAAAAGGCUAAGAAGGAGGAGGAGGAUCCGAAGCCGUUGUAUCCUAAGGCAACCAAGGGGCUUGCUAAUUCUCGCUUUGCUAAAGAUGCCAUCGAAAAGGAUACUACCGCCGCCCAGGUUGCUUCCCCUUCUGUGGCCGCCUCAAACACCAAGGCCGAGCUGGCUGCUACAAACACGACGGCUGCCCAAGCCAGCACACCCGUCACCAGCACCACGCCUGCCGCCACGUGAUUGCGGAGUGUGCCCCCAAAGCCCACAAUCCAACCGCCGAGGCAAUCAAGCCCGCCACCAAAAUGGAGUCCGUGGCCCAAAUCCAGCCCGCUCCCCAGAUGGAAGAGGUACGCAAUUCCCUAUCACUGUACCCACCUAGGCCUAUGAAUGUUAACCAGCCAUCAGACCGACCAGUCAGCGGAGAUGAAGACCGCCGCCAUCAGGGCGGCCGAGCAGAGCCUGACUGCUGCCAUGGCCUCAAGACAGGCGGCCCAGAUGAUGAUGCAUGCCUCCGACGAGGCCAUCAUAAUCGCCAGAGCCCAACUUCAUCAAGCACAGGAGAAUUAUCAGCAGGGACUUCCGAAGUACGAGGAGUAUGAGCAGUAUGAGGAGGAGCUCUAAAGGGACAAGGGAAUGACAGAAG